UUAAUCAGCUGGUCUCAGGGCGGCUCCUCCUCUAUAAAUUGCUUGAUCUGAACCUGUUGGUGGCAUGUGAUUUGUGAUCCGGUCUGUUUUACUCCACGGAGUCACACAACCAGAAACAUGAGGAACGUCGGGUGGAAUUUUUGGGUUUUAGCGUUUGCCUUACAUGCUUCAGCCCAAGUACCGAAGGAAUGCUCCGCUCCACCGGAGUACCCGUACACCAGACUGGGGGAGAAAUACUCCAACACCCCGAAGUUCAGCAGCGGGGAGAAGGUGUACUAUAACUGCGCCGAGGACAUGACUCCAUCCACAGGGAGCCGAGCUGUGCAGUGUGUUGGAGGAAAAUGGACCAAACUGACCCUAAAAUGCGAAAAGAGAUCAUGUGGCAACGCUGGUGAGCUGCUCAACGGAGAGUUCCAGUAUGAAGGGAGUUCUUUCAUCGGGGAGAAAGUUUAUGCUGUAUGCAAUGAUGGAUACAUUGUGAAAGGACUCAACUACAUGAUCUGCAAGAAGUCUGGCUGGACCGGUGACUUUCCGUCUUGUGAAGAGAGAGAGACCACCUGCUCCACCCCUGCAGUGGCCAACUCUGUGAGCAGUGCUGGAGGUGUUUCUGUACACCGGGUGGGAGACGGCAUGACCUUUACCUGCAGACAGGGUUUCCAGCUGGAUGGAGCUCCACGGGUCACAUGUGGUCCUGGUGGUCUGUGGCAGCCUCAACCCCCUCGGUGCCUCCCUUCACAGGAUAAAAUUGCAUCACCCGAUGUAGAAACAGGGGGAUGUGGUGCGCCAGUAAAAUUCCACAACUCCAAGGCAAUUCUCGCUGACAAGUACAUCACAAGGACAUCUUUCGCUUCUGGUGAAAGAGUCCAUUAUGUGUGUGAGGUUGGAUACAUUCCAGCAGGCGGCAGCAGAUUUUGCAAUUGUAUCAACGGAAAGUGGACACCACUGCGGCUGAAAUGUGAACGAAAGCCGUGUGGCUCUGCAGGAGAGAUUUCAAACGGACAGUUUGCAUAUACUGGAGUGCAGUUUGGAGACACUGCUACAGCAGUCUGUGAUGUGGGGUAUAUUCUUGUAGGACAGGCAACCAGAAACUGCAUGAGCCAAGGCUGGGACGGACGUGUUCCUGCCUGUGAAGCUGUGGUGUGUGAGGAGCCUCCAAGAGGGACAAAUGCAGAGAUCAGCAACUAUCAGGAGCCACCUUACACAUACAGGAGUGUGAUCCGCUAUCAUUGUCGUGUGGGAACCCUUAUUGGACAAAGGCACAUUUCGUGCACUGAGAACGGGACAUGGAGCGAUCCUGCACCUACGUGCAAAGAAAUAACAUGUCCAUCUCCAAAUGUGCCCUACGGCUACUGGACGAGAGCUCAGGUCAAGCAGUACCAAGACGGGGACACUAUAUCCAUUGAGUGUUACCCGGGCUACGCAAAGAUCGGCCCGAGCACUGUUAGCUGUGGUGGUGAUGGCCGAUGGGUCCCUGGCCUCCCCAAAUGUACACCUCGUCGCAGCCACUACAGGAGCUAAUACGCUGGCUGAAAUGUAAAACUACAGUAUUCAACCGGAUAAAAAUCAGUCACUGGGUGAUGAAAAUAAUGGUCUCAAGUCUUCCUUUUUCUAAAAUAUUUUUCAUAUACUCCACCUUUUAAUAAUGCACUAGUAAUUUAUAUUUUC